AUGUGCGCCAUUAUCUUUCUCAAUAACUCUAAUUUUUUAUCUACUUCUCAAACAAGAACAUCAUCCAAAAUUGUUGCACAAACCAACAUUAGUCACCUUGUUUUUGGACUUUUAGGCAAUGAAAGAGCAUGGCAUCAUAGAAAACACUAUGUUGAAGCAUGGUGGAGACCAAAUGUUACAAGAGGACAUAUUUUUCUAGAUGUUCCUCCUAGAGGUGAUCUCCUUCCAUGGUCCUUAAAUUCACCUCCUUAUCGAAUAUCCGAUGAUGUUCGAAAACUUGUUAGGGAAACAAAUCAUGUUGAUCCAAGAGUUUUAAGAAUGGUUCAUGGGAUUAUGGAAGUGGUUAGACAGGCACAUGAAGGGGUAAGAUGGGUAAUUUUGGGGGACGAUGAUACUAUAUUUUUUGUUGAUAAUAUGGUUGAUAUUCUUGCACAAUAUGAUCAUACGAAGUAUUAUUAUUUUGGUGGACAUUCGGAAUUUAUAUUGUCAAAUUAUUGGUACUCAUUUCAUCAAGGUUUUGGUGGAGCUGGAAUUAUAUUGAGUUAUCCUUUGGCUAGAGAAUUUGCUCACAAUGUGAUGUCUUGCUUAAAGAGGUAUGCUCAUUUGAAAUCGUCUGAUCGAACAACAAUGGUUUGUGUUGCUGACCUUGGAGUAAAUCUUACCCCUCUUCAGGGUAUUCAUCAGAUUGAUCUUCGUGGUGAUAUAUCUGGAUUUCUAUCGUAUCAUCCAAAGUCUCUAUUAACGUCCCUUCACCAUUAUGAUACGGUUGACCCAAUAUUUCCCUCUAUGACUCGUGCCCAAGCAGGUUCCCACCUCCUUAAAGCUGCAUUCUACGAUCAAUCGCGCAUGUUACAACAAACUAUAUGCCACCAUAGGUCUAAAAGUUGGACAUUUUCAGUUUCUUGGGGAUACUCAGCUCAUAUUUAUGAGAAAAUUAUGCCUAGAAGUUGGAUACAACGACCUAUUGUAACAUUUAGAACAUGGCAAAGAAGUUCUAGCCAACCACAAUAUAUGUUUGAUGUUAGGGGUCCUUCUUGGAAUCCUUGUGAAGCUCCUCAUGUAUUUUUCUUCAAGUCCGUUGAGAAAACUCAAAGGGGUGAAAUCAUUACAACGUAUAGUAGAGGAUGGCCUCGAGGGAUAGGAGCUUGUUUGUCUUCUGGAAAUUUUUCUGCAGAGUAUGUUUCUGAAAUUUAUGUUUACUCACCAGCAAUAAAACGUAUCCAGAUCGAUAAAUGUGAAUGUUGUGACGUAAUCCAUGAGGAAGGAUCGAUUAAGGCUGAUAUCAAAUAUAGAGAGUGUAAGAUAAAUGAGUUAAUAGCUUGA